GAAUUUGAUAUCUGUGUGUUUUAUCGGUAGGUCAUCUAUAGAGAAUGUGACAUGGACAAGUCGGGAUCCAUGAGCUCCUAUGAGAUGCGACUUGCUGUGGAGUCGGCAGGUUUUAAACUGAACAACAGGCUGAAUCAGGUCCUGGUGGCUCGCUAUGCUGAGAACGAGGCCAUAGACUUUGACAACUUCAUCUGCUGUCUGGUGAAACUGGAAGCCUUGUUUAGAUCUUUCCAGCAGCUAGACACAGAGGGAGAAGGAGUGGCUGAGAUGAACAUCGCUGAGGUGAGUCCUUUAUCUGAGAUGAAUAUCGCUGAGGUGAGUCCUUUAUCUGAGAUGGGUCCUUCAUCUGAGAUGAAUAUCUCUGAGGUGGGUCCUUCAUCUGAGAUUAAUAUCUCUGAGGUGGAUCCUGGAUCUGAGAUUAAUAUCUCUGAGGUGGGUCCUGGAUCUGAGAUUAAUAUCUCUGAGGUGGGUCCUGGAUCUGAGAUUAAUGUAUCUGAGGUGGGUCCUGGAUCUGAGAUGAAUAUCUCUGAGAUGGGUCCUUCAUCUGAGAUGGGUCCUUCAUUUGAGAUGAAUAUCUCUGAGAUGGGUCCUUCAUCUGAGAUGGGUCCUUCAUCUGAGAUGAAUAUCUGA